GCGAGAGAACAGACGUACAAUUUCGCGAGUGAGUAUGUGCCGAGUGAUCAAAAUGGGGGGGCUGCGCACCGCAACCGUUUGUGCAACGUUAAUCGUCGUGAGCCUGGCCCAAGAACUGAUCGUUGUUGGACCAAACUCCUUCCGUGCCAAUCAAAACUAUAUGGUAACGAUUUUCAAUAUGAUGAACAAAGAAGUUACUCUAGAGGCAAGUAUGGAAUGUUUUGAGGACAAUGGAUCCGUCACUUUCAACGAAACAAAACCUGUGGUCGUGCCCCCAAAAAUAUGUAGCGAGGUAAAAUUUGAGAUACCCUAUAAUCGAUCAACCAAAAGCGGAAGAAUAACAAUCGAUGGUAAGACAGGGCUUGUCUAUAAAAAAGAAGUUUCCGUGCACUACAAUGGCAAGUCCUUCUCGGGCUUCAUCCAGCUUAGCAAGCCCGUGUACAAACCAGGGGAUAGCGUUCAGUUCCGUGUGAUUGUGCUCGAUCCCGAUCUGAGGCCCCCCUCAGACCUAAAGGUGGUGAAUGUGACCGUGAAAAACCCGAACCGUGACAAUAUACGUAAAUGGCGCAACGUGAAGCUGUACAAUGGAGUGUUUGAGGGACAAUUGUACAUAGCUCCCUCACCUCCACCGGGGAUUUACAACAUCACAGUUGAGGCAAACAAUGAGAAAUUGGUUUCUAAGACGUUCGAAGUGAAGGAGUACGUGUUGUCGACGUUCGUGGUGGACGUUUACCCAAAUGUCAUUCCCCUCGAAGAGCACCACGCGCUUAAUCUUACGAUAGCGGCCAACUACUACUUCGGCAAACCUGUUAUCGGUAGAGCGAAAUUUCAACUGUAUGAUGGAGAUAACAAUUUGGAAUUAUCAAAGGAAUAUGAUGUAAAUGGAAAGCUACAUGUUCACCUACCGCUCAGCUACCAGCUACUGUUUGAUGAUGGCAAACAUAAUGUCAUAUUGAAUGUUACCUUUACCGAGCAGCACACAAAUCGUACCGUAUCUCUUACACCUCACAUUGUGGUCUUCGAACAGAAGUACCAAGUAAGGUUACUAGGCGUUCCUGAAUUUAACCCCAAAACAUCCAAUGGCAUCAAGCUUAUGGUUGAGUACCAAGAUGGUAAACCAGCUAAAGCUGUUACGCUACAAGUGGAACUCAAACAUAAAGAUGGAAAUCAAGUUGAAAAUUGUACGAGUAACGCUCAUGGGAUCAUCACGCUUCGCGGAUGGAGUCGUUUUUCAUCUGAUGAAGAAAUCGAAAUGACUGUGUUGUCUGACGAGGUAGAACUACUAAGCGACACACUAAGAAAAGCACAAAGCAAAAUGUAUUUUUUGGAAAUAAGACCACCGAAAGCUAAGCUGAAUCCGCAACAAUCUCUCAAGCUAAAAGUAGUUUGUUCACACAGCAUGACGUUCGUGCUUUAUUACAUCGUAUCAAAAGGAAAAGUCGUUGAUUAUGGUGCAGUAAAAAUUUUGAGCCGUCUUUCUCACGACAUCAACCUAUCUAAAUCUGCUACGAUCAAGAUGAUUCCUAGAUCCAGUGUACUCGUUGCUACCGUAAUAGGUAACACAUUCGUAUACGACGUCGUAACCAUCGAUAGCGAACAUUUUACCAACAAUAUUGAAUUGAAACUAAAGGGUAAUCAACGUGAACUAAAACCAGAUGACACGAUUGAAUUAUUAAUCACCGGUCUCCCGAAGUCGUAUGUGGCGUUGGCGUCAUAUGACAAAAGCUUGCUACAACAUGAACGACUUCACCAGGAACCACAACAAGAUCACGACAUCAGCAGGGAAAAUAUUUUGAAUAUGUUCGAGGAACAUAAUCCACACACUUAUACAACUCUAUUCGGGGGUAUAGGCCUAUUCGUAGACGCGGGAAAUCUGGCGAUUGAAGAAGUGGAAGAUAAAUCGGCACGUGCGGAUAUCUCACCGAAUCAGUAUCAGCUAGCCCAGCUAUAUUCAUAUAGAACUGAUUUUCACGAAUCCUGGCUGUGGGGGAAUAUCACAUUAUCAAAGAAAGGAUCAUACACACUGAGAAAACCUACACCUGAUAGUAUAGCAUCCUGGUACCUGACCGGCUUCUCCAUCGAUCCUGUCCAUGGUUUUGGAAUCAUCAAGAAACCCCUACAGUUCACCACCGUGCUGCCGUUCUACAUUGUCGACAAUCUACCGUAUUCGAUCAGGCGUGGUGAAGCGGUUAUGUUGCAGUUCACGCUCUUCAACUCAUUCGGAAGCGACUAUUAUACCAAUGUGCAACUGAAAAAAAUCAACGACCAAUUCGAGUUUGUCGGAGUAUCUCCUGAGGCGGAAACUGAAACAAAACAGAUUAUUGUCCCUGCUAAUGCUAGCGCUCCAAUAUCCUUUUUGGUGAAGGCCAAAACUCUGGGAGAAAUGACCAUUCAUGUGGUGGUUUCAACUUUUCAAGGACACCAAUUGGAUUCCAUCGAAAGGCAUGUCCGUGUCUUACCAGAUAACAUAAUUAUAAAAAUUCCAGUUACGCGCAUUUUCUGGCACGACUCGUCCAGUUCUUCAUUCUUUCCGAUCAGUUUGGAUUUGAAUAGAAAAGCCGUACCAGGCACAGCUAAACUUUUGCUGCACGUUUCGCCAAACCUUGUUUUAAAGGUUAGCCAAAACAUAGACAAUCUUGUCCUAGCUGCAAAGGACACCGGGGAUCAAAAUAUGAUGAAUUUUGCACCAUACGUGGUGAUACUCAGGUACGAGGAAGCGAUGGGUACGAAAGAUAGCGAAAUCUUCAAAAAGGCAGCAAAUCUGCUACAAUCAGGCUACCAAAGCCAACUAAAAUUCCGUCAGGCGGAUGGUUCAUUCGGCGUUUGGAAAAACAAAGGUGGAAGUGUGUUUGUGACUGCGUUCGCUGUCCAGUGGAUGAUUGUGGCUGAAAAGUAUUAUCCGGACAAAAUAUCAUUUCAAUCAGAUGUUAUUUCAAAGGCUUUCGAAUGGUUGGCUUCCAAGCAGCAAGACAAUGGUUCAUUUAUGGAAGACGGUUCCAACGUCUAUAAAGAUCUCCAGACAAAUGAUAGGAAUGGAAUCGCCCUAACAUCCUUCGUAAUGGUAGCAUUUAUGAAGCUGCAAAAAGUAAACAACAAAUAUGAGGCUAUUAUUGAGAAAGGAAUGGCAUACAUUGCUGACCGUUUUAACACAACCGGUAAUAGCUUCGAUCUGUCUAUCGCGACCUACGCCUUGUAUUUGAACGACCAUCAGCUAAAAGAAGUGGCAUUAAACGAACUAUUCAAAUUAUCUACCAAGGUUACCAACAAUUACCAGCGCUUCUGGGAUACGACUACAAGUCCAAUUGAGACGGCCGCUUUCGCGCUACUGUCAAUAACUGAAGCAAAUCGAGUUGCGGAUGGUAUUGAAGUCAUGCGCUGGCUUGUGAAUCAAAUCUAUGAAAUAGGAACCUUUCAAAAUAGUUUCGACACCUCAUUUGGAUUGUUGGCGAUAGCAAACUUCACAAAUAUCAUAUCAACCACGAGAAAUGAUUACACAAUCGAAAUGAGCUACUCCGGCGAAAAAACCAAUUAUCGCAUCAAUCCCAGUAUGAAAACUACUCUAAUGAAAGAGUUUGUAGUGCCAAAAAAUGAGAAAACACUAAAUUUAACUGUGUACGGUACUGGUACGGGACUUCUUCAGAUAUUAUUGACAUAUGAAUUGCAUUUGAAGGAUCAUAAAAACCAAUUUGAUGUGACGGUGGAGCAGCUGAACACUGCAUCCGCGACUGUGUUGAAGCUCUACGUUUGUAGUAGAUUUAAUUCAGAAAAUAGAGCAGUACCGUCGAACAUGGCCAUUGUAGAGGUGAACUUGCCGAGUGGCUAUGUACUUAAUAGCAAUCCUAUCAGUAACUCUACGGACGUUAAUAAGAUAAAGGAAACCAAAAUCCUGUACGGUAAAACUACAGUCGAAGUAUUCUAUGAGCAAAUGGACUACGCUAAUAAUUGCUUCACAGUCACUGCUUAUAGGCUGUUCAGUGUAACUUACCGGAGGCCGGCCUACAUAAAGGUGCACGAUGUCUACAAACCUGAGCAUUUGGCGAUCGUGUAUUACACCGUAGAAAAAGAGGAUGUGUGUGACAUUUACAGGAAGGAUGCAAGUGAUUCAUGCAAAUACCAUGUUGGGUAAAAUAUAGAACAUUUCUGUAGAUUGCAUAUUCAAAUAAUCAUAAAUACUUACGAAAAGGAAAAUAAAUAUUGCAGUAAUUGAUAUCAUAUACUGUUGCGUCAUGAUAAGUGCUAAUGAAACCUGUAAUGGGUCCGAGUGCUGCGUCGUUUGAAAAAAUAAAUACGUAGGCGAAUGAAAAAUGUAUAAA